GACCAAACCAGUCGAGACGCUCCUCCUGAAGCUCGCGGUUCGGUGCUUCAAGUACUCGCUUCACGUGGCAGUCGGCUCUUGGACCGAAGAACUGGACUGCAACGUGCUCCUUCGCAGAGCCAUGCAGUCCGUGCCUUUGAUCGUGCGGCUUGUGGAAACCGGCGAGGUGAUCAAGCUGACUUCAGAGUGCUUGAGCCAGGCUCUGGAGGCCUACGGAGCCACUGUUCGCAAGAGCUCAACGAAGACCCAGAAGAUCAGGGCAAUUUGCAAACUUGGCAUCGUUCAGCAGCAUGUGAGCCAGGCCUGUGUGCAGACGGUCUUGCAGACCUGCGAAGAUUUGGACCUGAAGAGACGCAAAAGAUCUGGCUCCAAGUCUCAGCAAGAGGAUGAUGGCAAGGAGGACUCAGAUGAAGAUGAGCUGGAGGAGGUGCAAGACCUGCUGAUCGAGAAGGAUCCGGCAUGGGCGGCUGCUGAGGAUUUGCUCGAGAAGCUCGAGCAGGAAGAAAGGCAGCGAGAUGAUGAGCAGACAUCUGGGGCCGAGAUGCCGGUCGAGGCAUCAGCAGCGACGGGCAGCGAGGAUCCGAGAGCUGGGGAAGCUGCGGCCAGGGAAGAGAAGAGCCGCCGCCUUCUCGUGACCACAAGCACGAUCCCCGAGUUCUUGAAGGAAAGGUUUGCUGCAUUGGAGCACGUUACAAUGACACACCAAGUCACCAAAGACAAGACGCUGCCACAUUUCCAAGCAAGGUUGAUCAGCGGCACCCACGGUGGGAAGAUUCUCGGCAUCACUUCGGAAGCGAGGUUUUCUUGUGGCCGGAUGUUUUGA